UGUGCCACUCUUGACUCUCCCGCGUCCCUCCCUGCCUGCCACUUCUCUCCGCGGUCUGGCCAAACGCAGAGAACACAGAGAGAAAACACGAACUUCUCACUUCACACACACACACACAACACACACACACUCGUCUCUCUUUCUCUUUUCUCCAACCAACACGAAACUGGAGCUAUUCCGAGUCGAGUUCUGAAGCUUUGUACUCUCUAGCUUCACUCACAUAGCUUCCAAGUCCUCACGUGUCUCUAAAAGCUCGUCUACUUCGGGGCUUCCUCCUCUCCAUCUCUCCUCGUGUGACUCUCUCUCCCUGUCUCUUUCUUCACGCCCCGUCGCCGCAGCACGCACCAUGCAGACCUGGGCCAGAAUCUCCACUCUCCUACUGCUGGUUCUGCCUUUCCUCCUCGUACUGACUCCUGCGGCUGAAGCCCAUGGAUCAGUGAAAGUCGGUUGUCUUAACUACGGCCACUCCUGCUUGGGAGCUCAUGGCAAGCGUGGUUCUUGGCCUCCCGCUGCUCCCCGUACUCAAACGGCGGCAGCUCUUCUCGCCCCCUUCCUUCAGGGUCUCGCCGCCCCCCGCAAUGCUGUUCGCUCAUGGCAAGACAAAGUCAUGUCACAGCGCCGCCAGCAGGAGAAGGAACAGCAGCAGCCACAACAGCAACAGCAGCACCACCAAGAAGACUUCCCAGUAAUGUAUGAAGAUUCACCCCUCCCACGGAUCCCCGCAGCCCGACACAACGCCCUCCCUGCCAACCAAGACACUUCUCUCGAUGAUGACGACCUGGUUUACUACGGCACCUACGAGGAAGACUAUGGCGAUCACCGCGCUAAAAGAAGCGUGACUGAGAAGACCGAGAAGCAAAAGACAACACCCACUAAAGUCUCAAUGUCUUGCCUUCUGUUCUCCCGGCGGUGUUGAGGAGAUCAGGCAGUGAAGGGCACAUGCUCCCUUCCUCACAACACCCUCCCACCAUCCUUUUCCUUCCUUCCCUCUCCAUGUAAGUUCUGCCCGCGACCCUCAAGUCUGUCCUCUUCAGGAAUAUAUUAAUGGGGACACCGUUUUCUGUGCGUUACCUUCACGAUCUCUAAAUACAGGACUAGGCGACGUAACGAGUGGUGUAUGAGUCCAGCCCAGAGACCCUGUUCUGAGUCAGUCUCCGCUUCUUGGCCCGGCUACUUAUAGAAAGCUAGGGUGGUGGAGGUUACUGUGGUUUCGAGUAAUAUCAGGUGUGUAUUAUUUAUUCUAUUUAUUUAUUUGUUCAUUUAUUUUGUCAUUGUGGUGGUAGUUCGGUAAGGGUUCUUGAUCAUUACAUAAGAAAAAAAAAAAGACAAAAACUCAUGAACCACAAUGGACGCUUUUAGUAGGUUCUAGUGGAGGUUAUUGUGGUUUUCAAAGUUUUGUUUUCUUCCGUGAUUUGAAUGGCAAUUUUAACACAGAUUCUGGAUCAUUUGAAAAAAAAAAGUACAUGAAAACACUCGUGAAAGUCAGAAUAGACAUUUACAACAGGCUGUGGUGGAGAUUAUUGUGGUUUUCGAGGUGGUUUCAUGGUUAUUGUGAUACUUGAAAGGAUACUUGUAACAGGAUCUCCAGGAAGUGACUCGUUUCAGAGAUAUUUUUCGUGAUUCUGUAUUAGUUGUAAGAAACAGUACAUGAGAGCUAGAAUGUACUGUAUUAAUAGGUUAUGGUGGAGAUUGUUAUUUGAAGCUUAUUUUUAAAGUUCUAGUAAUAAUUCAACAAAGAUUCUACGUCCGUGGGAAUGAACACUCAUGCAAACCCGACAAGAGACAUUCAGGUGAACAAAACUACAUCAAUUUAAUAAGAGGAAGCGGAAGUUAUGAAGUGACUUGUUUCAGGGAUGUUUUCCGUGAUUCUGUAUUAGUUGUAAGAAACAGCACAUGAGAAUCAGAAUGUACCGUCUUAAUAGAUUCUAGUGGAGAUUAUUGUUAUUUAUAAGGUUAUCUUUAUAGUUCUAGUAAUGAUUCAACAAAGAUUCUACGUCCGUGGGAAUGAACACUCAUGCGAUCCCGACAAGAGACAUUCAGGUGAACAAAACUACAUCAGAUUAAUAAGAGGAAGCGGAAUUUAUGACGUUUCCAUAGAGUUAUUCGAGGUUGUCAGGGGUAAUAAGAUGAGCAGCAAAUGAUGAAACCGGCCAUCACUGAUCAUCAAUGUAUCUUUCGAAAAUAAGACACAGUGGAAGUUGUGUGGUUUUGAAAAAGAUAUCGAACGUUUUGAAGCACAUUUACACGAUUCUAGAGAUAAGUUAACCAGUAACCUAUUCAAUCAGUACGAAAUAACACACUUGGGAAUGAUGAAACCGGCCAUCACUGACCAUCAAUGUAUCUUUCGAAAAUAAGACGCAGUGGAAGUUGUGUGGUUUUGAAAAAAAUAUCGAACGUUUUGAAGGACAUUUACGCGAUUCUAGAGAUAAGUUAACCAAAAACUUGUUCAAUCAGUAUAACACACACGGGAAUGACUAAUCAUUUCUGUCAUUCACUGUACUCUUAAAAAAAAUCAAGAUGUUGUGAAUAUUAAGAGUUUCCAAGAAGUCGUCGGAGCUUUUGCGGAGUAACUACACUUUCUUAGGCAUAAAAACAUAAGACACCUAAGAAAAAAAGGGAAGCUGCAAGAGGCUGUCAGGUCUAUACGUGAUGGUUCCUGUAUGAACAAAGCUACUUAAUUCCAUCUACCAUUCUCAUCCAUAAAUUGAUCUAAUCUCCCUUUUGACUCAGCACUAACAUGACCACUGAGUCCGUUCCGAUCAUCAACCAGUAACCUGUACAACUAGUAACCUGUACAAUCAAUAAUCUGUACGACCAGUAACCUGUAAAACCAAUAACCUGUACGACCUUUAACCUGUGCAACCAGUAAGAAAAACACCCCAAAGAUUGACAAACCAUCCUUGACUAUCGCUGUAGCCUUGAAAAAUAACAUAAUCAGUAUUUCUAUGACUAAGAGAUCAUUUAACUACUAUUCUAAACUAUUCGAAAACAAAUCACCCUUGAGACUGACUGCCCAUCCCAUCCAUGUAGCCUUCGAAAGUAGGUCUUGAUGAGAGAGCAGAGCGAUUCAGAACACGGCUCUUUGACACUACCGACGGACCACAUGACCAACAACGCCUACAAGGUCCUCUGUUGCAAUAAUGUACCAGCUUACCCUGCCGCCGCCCUCCCACCCGCCCACCAGCCCCUCCGUGGUGAUGGGCGUGUCCCGGAGUGGCCGCCGCGACACACCCACACACACAACACCCAGAAGCGGAUCCAGUCCACCUCAUUACGCCUAAUUACAGAUGGAUGCCUGGAUCUCUAAUUACUAAGCGGUAUUUAGGGAGCGAAAUAGAAUUCACGGUGCCACUUUUGAUAAUGGCCGCCAUGAAGGGAGGAAAAAAAUGGUUUGAGAGUAAAAUAAGGGCGUUGGCUUGUCCCCGGCAGCCAAGUGAGGGUGGUGGGAGGCGGCCUGCAGUGUUUUUGUGGGUGUUUGGGUUAAUGAGAGUGCCACGCCCAGCUGUCCGUGGUGUUAAAUAUUGUCCCGCUGUGAAAUGUCUCGCCACAUGUUUUCUUCAUCGUGACUUGCUUUAAUUGAGGGAUUGUGGGAUUGUGUUGGUGAAGUGGUGUUGUGUUGUGAUGUGUUGAGAUGGGUUCCUGUGUGUGUGUGUGUGUGUGUGUGUGUGUGUGUGUGUGUGUGUGUGUGUGUGUGUGUGUGUGUGUGUGUGUGUGUGUGUGUGUGUGUGUGUGAUCACGUGUAAUAACGGAGGCUGGCCAGAAGUUACACGAAUUUAAAGCGCGCACUCACACACACACACACACACACACACACAAAGAGAGAGAGAGGUUAAUGAGUAAGUUAAGACACAUACAUACAGACGUACUACUUUAGACUACCUACGCAUAUACUAUUCCAGCACAUUUCAGGAACAGCACAGCAACACUAUCUUGUCACGGGAACACAAUACGGAUGCCAUUUUAAUGCGUGCAGUGAAUUAAGUAACGUUUCUCUCUCUCUCUCUCUCUCUCUCUCUCUCUCUCUCUCUGAUCCAACUAAUGAUACUCGUAACCAAUUUAGUAAGAGAGAGAGAGAGAGAGAGAGAGAGAUUAUUCCAAAGUCGUUUCAUUAUUUAUUUUCACUAGUGUAGCUUACUUCCUUCAGUUUUCUACCCUAUCACCUCCCACAGACAACACGAGCACAAUUUACCCUCAAGACAAUCCCCAGAUGGAAACCUUCAAUGCAUUAUAAUCAAUGGAAAUAAAACAUGCUGCGAGACAUUUCAGGGAGUGACGUGUUUCCCACCACCCUGAGUCACUCUCUCGGCUGCUGCUGAUAAAUAAAUACUAUUGUUGUACCAUUUCCUCAUUACCGAUUCUCAUUUCCCUACUAUUUUCUGACUAUUAUUUUAAGAUUAACGUCUCUUCUCCUGGAAAACUGGAAUCAUUUUGUUUUUUCAUGACCAGUUGAACAAAUAAAGACGAGAUAAGCCUCU